CCUAUACCUUCUCACUUUAGCCCUUUGUAGUUAAUAGCCUAGCUGAGUUGACUUAGUUUGUUUAUACUAUUAUUCCCAUAUGCAUAUUUAUUGCUAUUUUAGUUUCCUUUACUAAAUCAUAUUUUAUUAUCGUUGUUUUACAGCAAAACCUUCCGUUAACCUUCACUACAACUUCCGUAUAUAGUAUACCUUCAAUCAUCCAAAUAUACAUGUACCUUUCGAUUCUUCAAUAAAUAUAGUCAGUAAUCAAGGAAGAGUAUUUGUACCAUGGGACUCCAUAAAUUAGUAUUUCCACUUCUGUAGCUGUAGUGGGCUACAACUUUCAUUCAGAAAAGUUUUUCCAUCUCAGAGAAAGUAAGAAUUUAUCAUCAGAAUGGUUGACAUAAUUGAGCCAGCUAUUAUGGUCCUUAAUGUGAUCAAGGAGAUAUACACCAUCGCGGAGAAAGUGAAGUCCUUUAAGAGUAGCAGCGAGACUCUUCAAGGGCGGAUUGCAAAAUUGACACCAGCCAUCAAGAAACUCGCCACCAGUGAGAACAAAGAAAUGAACCAAAAGAGUCUGAAGAAAGCAGCAGUGGAGGGUCUGCUGGUACUUGUAGAGAAGAUCAAAAAUUUCCUCGCCUCACUUACACAUGACUCCUUCUUCAAGAAGUUUGUAAAUGCAAACAAGAUUGGAAAACGGUUCGACGAAUACAGCGAGCAGUUGGAUAAUCUAUUGAAUGAUUUUCAGUUUCUUUCUCUCGUGCAAAUCGAAGAGGCGAGUUUCAAUCGCAUUAAACAGGAUGAAGAAGACCGUAAGGAAGAUCUGAAAUAUUUUCUUCAAAACACACAACGCCUCGAAGGACUAGAAUCGGGUCAACAACAAAUCAUCGAUGAAAUAAGGAAAACGUCGGAAAAAUCAGAACACAAUUUUUACCCUGGACAAGAUGGUAGACCCAAAGAAAUUGACGUGCACAAGCUGGAAAAUAAAAGAACGCUUUCUUUGGAUGAGAGAUUCAUCUACAAGGCUUCGUAUAUGAAGGAAACGGUCGUCCUGAAGGUUUAUGAAAAAGGGUCGAAUUUGAACGAAGGUAGGCUCUUUCGAGAAAUAAAAAAUCUCAUUCGCCUCGACUCCAAGAAUGUUGUUCGCAUUUGGGGUGUGUGUAGUACCUCAAUAGAGCCUAUGAUCAUUAUGGAGUAUAUGGAGCGGGGCAACCUUCGUCAUGUUCUAGACACCACCGACCCAAGUAUGCUUCCGUUUCAUAGGCGCAUUCAGAUGGCUCUGGAUGGCGCCCUCGGACUUUAUCGCAUCCAUAACAUGGAUCGAGCCAUGGUUCACCGUGAUCUGGCAAGCCACAGGUUUCUCGUCAAUGCCAAGUGGGAAGUGAAGAUUUCAGGUUUGAAGAUGGCCAAAGCUUAUGUUUCGGUAUGGGGGUCAGAAAUAGAGAAGCAACGUCGCAGACGCAUGUGCUACAUUAGCCCUGAGCGCACAGGCCAUGGAUUACGUGACAUAGAUGCGCCCAUGGAGGUGUACAGUUAUGGAAUAAUAAUGUGGGAAAUUGCCACUGGACUCCGACCAUACGAAGGGAAAGAUUGCAAGGAAAUUGAGAAAUUUGUUAGGAAGAAGAAAAAAUUACCCUUUCCUUCAACAGUGACAAAUGAGGGACUUAAAGAACUGAUUGAUAACUGCCGGAGCUUUCGCCCUCUGGAUCGACCGACAUCUAGUGAGAUCGUGGACACCCUUCAAGGCUUGAGAAGUGCCAUCGAAAAAUCCAGUGGUGUACCAUGGCAGUAAGGUGACUAGCCUGAACCUCUGACGUCACACUUUGUGACUCUAGAUUUCAUCAGAGAUCUGCAUUGAGCCUACAUUAAUCCCUUUCUAUUGACCUAUCAUUCGUUUUACAUUACAAUCUGAGUCAAAUCCUGUGUACAUGUAAUGUAGUCAAUCAAACAAAUAUACGCUGCUGCAUGCAGACGACCGAAAGUGCAGCUGCCAAACAGUACCUCGGACCAAUCAAAACACCUGGAAAGCUAUGUACGGCACUGCACGUCUAUCCAAUGAAAUUAUUGUAUCUGUAGAAGGCAUUGAAUCCCAUGACAUCACUGGUUCUGUAAAACCAAUACCUGUCUUAAGGAUGGACCAGUCUAUAUAAAGGUGACCUGCAAGCUUGUACAGGCAGUUUAACAGUGCAUGUAGUGUGACAUCAGUGUUACUUUUGGUUAUGUCAGUAUCAGUGAUGUAGGUCCCAAAAUCGUUCUCAGUCUUGGACUUGGUUCACUGGUAAUGACCCCCACAAAAAAUUAAACUAUUUUAAUUCAAAACCCUACUCUUAAAAUAGUUGCAAUAAAACUUGGAAAAUAUUAUAGCAGCUUUCGAUAUAAAAAAUGCAUAAGCCUGAGUAUUAUAACGUCGAGUCUAAACCAGCUCUUUUUAGAGCCAACAUUCACCAAGUUGGAGAUUUACACAUGGUUGUACCCGCAUUUAUAGUAUCUUCUAAUUAUUAGAGACUUACACAUGGUUGUACCCGCAUUUAUAGUAUCUUCUAAUUAUUAGAGACUUACACA